AUGAAACUGGCAGAGGAGGGCCGCCGCUGCUGCUGGCGCUGGCUGGCGGUCGGAGCGCUCGCGAGCGCUCGUGAGCAGGAGUCGGCCAGCCAAACGCACGAGGCUGACGGCGACUACCGCUUUGUUUCACACUCGGACCAUGAGGCGGUAGCCGCCGACGCCAGCAGGAGGGGCCGCCGGCUGCUGCUGGCGCUGGCGGUCGGAGCGCUCGCGAGCGCUCGUGAGCAGGAGUCGGCCAGCCAAACGCACGAGGCUGACGGCGACUACCGCUUUGUUUCACACUCGGAGCUGCAGGCGUCUCUGGAUCACUUCUCACCCGAGAAUGCCACGAGGUUCUCCGAGAUUCUCUUCGACAUUCAGAAGUACCAGAUCAUCGUCGGCGCCAGGGACCACCUGUACCGGCUCAGCGUGCGUGGCCUGCAGGAGCUCGAGUCGGCCCCUUGGCCGGCGCCCGCCGCCACCGUCACCAUGUGCGAGAACAAGGGCCAGACGGCCGCCGACUGCCACAACUUCGUGCGCGUGCUGCACCGGCACGGCGAGCGGCUGCUGGCGUGCGGCACCAACGCCUUCCAGCCGCUCUGCUCGUGGCGUCGCCUCAGCUCCCUCCGCUCGGUGCUCGCCACCGAGUCGGGCAUCGCCGUCAGCCCGUACGCGCCGCAGCUGAACGUGACGUCGCUGGUGACGUCAGAGGGCGCCGUAUUCGCCGCCACGCCGACCGACUUCUCGGGGCUCGACCCGGCGAUCUUCCGCGGCGGCGGCGGAGGCGCGCCCAGCCUGCGCACGAGCAAGUACGACAGCCGUCUGCUCAGCGCGCCCGACUUCGUCGGCUCGUUCGAGUCCGGCCCGUUCGUCUACUUCGUGUUCCGCGAGGACGCCGUCGAGUACAUGAGCUGCGGCAAGCGUGUGUACUCUCGAAUCGCGCGGGUGUGCAAGAACGACCGCGGCGACCGGCGCCAGGUGUGGACGACGGCCGUGAAGGCGCGCCUCAACUGCUCCGUGUCGGGCGAGUACCCGUUCUACCUGGACGAGGUGCAGGGCGUGCACUACCUGGACCGCGAGGAGGUGCUCUACGCCACGUUCACCACCUCCGACAACGGCCUGGCCGCCUCCGCCGUGUGCGCCUUCAACAUGUCGGCGAUCGCGUCGGCGUUCGCCGGGCCGUUCCAGCACCAGCCGGUGCCGGACGGCGCGUGGCAGCGGCGUCAGCUGGACCACACACACUUCGAGUGCGGCUCGCCUGAGCUGACCUCGCGCCACGAGCUGGCCGAGCUGUCGCACUACUCGCUGAUGCACGAGGCCGUACAGCCUGAGCAGCUGGACCCGCUGUACAGGCUGGACGGGGUCAGACUGACGGCUGUCGCCACUGACAUCAUCACCACCAAGCACCACGUGUCGGUGCACGUGCUGUUCGUGGCGGACACGGCCGGCACCAUCAGGAAGCUGAGCGUGGUGCCGCGCUCGCGGCAGACGUGCCUGCUGGAGGUGCUGCAGCCGUUCGCGGCGCCCACCACCAUCCUCACCAUGAGGCUGCUGAGCGAGGCGGGCUCUUUGUACCUGGGCACGGACUCGGCGCUGGUGCGUGUGCCGGUGCAGCGCUGCGAGCGGUACCGGAGCGAGACCAGCUGCCUGGGCGCCAUGGACCCGUACUGCGGCUGGGACGC